AUGGCGGCGCAGUGGCUUCGCCACGGAGACGAGGGCGAAUCAGGGACGGCAGCGCAACGAAGUAGGGGCGGCAGGAGAGCCGGGGCUCAGGCAGCAUCGGAGAAGCUUCAGCUGCUGCCGCGGACAGAUAUGGUGCAUUACAUGGACGUGAGGGGCGCGUGGGAUUGGCAAGAGUGCGAGUGCUGCUUCGAUCGAGCAGUUGGUUACCGAGCACAGCGCACACUUGGCGACGGCCUGGAUGAAUUCCGCUCCGACCUUCAGAGGCAGCUGCCUGACUCCAUCCCCCUUGCUCCCCACGGUCGGCCAUCCAGCGCCAUUGUUGAGUACUCUGCAGGAGUAUCCAUGGGGGGUCCUGACCCUCCGGAGGAUUGGCCUCCCCAGCAGUUGUUCGGCGUCAAGUGUGUCCUGGCGCCGAUUCGCUGUGCCGAUGCCAUGCUCCUCGAGUGGCUGGCUGAGCCUCGUGUGGGCGUGCUCAUGGACCUGGGGAGGAUCAGAUCCCGCCUGCCUGCCAUUCUGGCCGCUACAGAUAUUACUACAGCUGCACCUACUCCUGCAACAGCUGCUGCCUCUGCUGCUGCUGGUGGAACGUGGGCGAGUCGUUGGGCUGCCUACCGCCGUGCUGUCAGCUUCGCUGCCUUCCUCGUGCUUGUGGCGAGGUUCCCGCGCGUUGUAAGCCUAAAGAAGGUGUCUUUGACUCCAGGCUCCCCAGCUUAUCCGGCUAUCAUGGCCCAGCUGGGGCCGGGCAGGCAGGUGGAGAACGACUUUGUCGCUUCCCUGCUGGUGCAGAUGCUAAGGGUGAAGGAGAGCGCUGAUCUGAAGGAAGGGUUUGGGUUCUUUGUGCAGCAUGUGCUGUCAGGCGGGCUGGAGAAGGCGCAUGCGGCGAGGAGGGGAGCUGAGGGGAGGUCUGCUGAGAAGGUGCAUGAGGCGGGGGAGGGGGGAACCGGGGGGGAACCGACGCAUAACACUGAGGCGAGCAGAGGGGAAGAGAGGUGCAGCAGCAGCGAGGCGGUUAAUGGACCAAUUGGGGGGCUUGGCAAAAGAGGGAAGAAGGGGCAGUGGAGGGAGCAUCUGAAGGGGCCUGUGUGGGAGAGGUAUGUGGAUGGCAUGGCUUGGAUUCUGGAGUAUGGAGGGGGGGAAGGGAGGGAGUUAAGGUGCAGCCACUGCAGUGAGGGGGGCAGCCACAGUGGUGGUGACGUGCAGGUGAAUGGUGUUCCCCCUGAGGAAGCAUCAUUCCCCAGAGGCAUGACAGGAGGAGAGGGGACAGCAGCAGACGCGAGUGGGACAGCAGCAGACGCGAGUGGGACAGCAGCAGACACGAGUGGGACAGCAGCAGACACGAGUGGGACAACAGAAGCAUCGGCAAUGGAGGAUGCAUCUGCUUGCAGUGCUGCUGCUAGAGCUGAAACCCGGGCCUUUACACAAGCAAACGGCACUGGCUCCAGCUACAGUUCUGAGGAGCAGCGCGUUGCCUUCCUGCUGCUCGUUGCCAUCAUGUGGCCGGCUUCCAUCCUGGAUAUGGAACAGUUUGAUGGCAAACAGGAGUUGGAGGGAGAUGCGAUUCGAGUGAAGAAGACGGUGGGGAGGAAGAAAGGGAAGGCCCGGAGAGGGGUGGGAAAAGGAGAGGCGGAGGAGGAAGAGGAUGAUGGGGAGGUGUGGGAGGAGUUGCAGUCGUGCAGUGAUGCUGCUUGUGCUGGUGAUGGUGCUGGUGGUGCUGGUGGUGCUGGUGGUGGUGGUAUUGCCGAUGCUGAUAGUGAUGGUGGUGUUGCUGAAACUGGUUGUGAUGGUGAUGGUACUGGUGUUGUUGGUGCUGGUGCUGGUGAUGGUGUUAAUGCUGGCAAGAGCAUUGGGGAAAAGGGCAAGAAGGAGGAGGUGUUGGCUUAUCUAAAGCCAUGGCCGGGGGGAGUCAAUCUGGUGGCAUGUCUGCGAGAGAUGCUGCUGGGAGAGCCGUGCUACCGCCCUGUCCCUUCUAUCCCCUCAGCUGCUACAGCACCAAGCACAGCUGCUUCUCCAGCAAAUGAUGUUCCUCCAAAUACUGCUGCCUCUUCUACCCACCCACCCGCACACACCGUUGCUACCACCUCUUCCACUCAAGUCACCGCAAAUUCUCGUGCUGCGACAGGCAAUGCAGAUGCAGCUGCACUCAUUGCAGAUAACGAUGCCUCUGGUCCCGUUGCUUGCAGGGAGAAUAGGUGUGGUGCUGAGGGGUGUGGGAGGGUGGAGGGUGGUGGUGUGAAGCUGAGGAGCUGCUCUGGGUGUGGCAAGGUGGCGUAUUGGAGCAGAGAGUGCCAAAAGGCGCACUGGCCCUCCCACAAGCUCACAUGCCCCGGCAGGACCAGCGGGAAGAAGAGUGGGAACGAUGGGAGCAGGGAUGGCAGCAGCAGUGGCAGGGCGAGUGCCAAGGUGGGUAAGCAAGAUGGGUUUGCGAGGUGGAUGGGCAAGGUGGGUAGGCAAGGUGGGAAGGCAAGGUGUUAA